AUGGGUCUCACAUUUUCGAAGCUGUUCGAUAAGCUAUGGGGAAAGAAGGAGAUGCGCAUUCUCAUGGUCGGUCUUGACGCUGCCGGAAAGACCACCAUUCUCUACAAGCUCAAGCUCGGUGAAAUCGUCACCACUAUCCCCACCAUCGGUUUCAACGUCGAGACCGUCGAGUACAAGAACAUUCAGUUCACCGUGUGGGAUGUCGGCGGUCAGGACAAGAUCCGUCCUCUGUGGAGGCAUUACUUCCAGAACACCCAGGGUAUCAUCUUCGUCGUUGACAGCAACGAUCGCGACCGUGUUGUUGAGGCGCGUGAGGAACUCCAGCGCAUGUUGAACGAGGACGAGCUGCGGGACGCUCUCCUCCUUGUCUUUGCCAACAAGCAGGAUUUGCCUAACGCCAUGAACGCCGCUGAGAUCACCGACAAGCUUGGUCUUCACAGCCUCCGACAACGUGCCUGGUACAUCCAGUCGACUUGCGCUACCUCCGGUGACGGUCUCUACGAGGGUCUCGAGUGGUUGAGCAACUCUCUCCGCAAGGCCGGUCACAACUAA